AAGUGUCACAAUGACAAGAAUUUUCUUAGAAUUCCGUCACUAGGAGCGACUCUUAGCAGCAGGAAGCUUUGUGAAUACGACCCCUGGUCUUUGCUCAGUGUGUGCUGAAACUUUGUUCCUGUCAAAAAAAAAAAAAAAAAAAAAAUCCCCUAAAAUAAAAACAACUUCGUCAUUCUUACAACAUUUUGCUGCCAAAAGCAGAAGUGCAGGUCUUGUAACCAUUUCACUGUCUCAAGCUGCACUCACAAAAGCGUGCAUUUAGACCACAGCGGUGGUUUGAGUUUCAUGAUUCUGUUUCUGAGAUGAGGUGAAAACUGUCUGUGACAAACCUGAUAAGAUGACGGGGGAAGAACUGCAUUAUGCGACGGUGACUUUCAAGACUAACAGUAGGCCUAUGUCUAAACACGAGAAACCAAGCGACCUGGAAAUAAUCUAUGACAAGGUGACAGAAUGGGAGGAGCAAACAUCCAAUACAAAUCUUGCCAUACCAGAAAAUGAAAAGAAAGCUCCACCAUGUACUCGGCUUCAUCUGCUGGCAGCAUGUUUGGGGAUUAUUUUUGCCAUCUUGGUGUCCAUUGUUGUCAGUAUCCACUUCAACAAAGUCAUGUCAGAGCAGCACCGAGAAUACGUCAACCUAACAGCACAGAAUCUGCAGCUGAGGACAGAAAACAGCGACUUAGAGAGACGGAUGAAAGAUCUGAUCAGAGAGAGAGACGGACUCAACUGGACCGUCUCAGUCAUCCUGGAAUAUGAGAGCUUCCCAGUGAACUUACACUGUCCACAGAGAGUGUGUCAACCCUGUCUGGACGGCUGGGUGCUGUUUCAGUCAAACUGUUACCUGUUUUCAACCUCUGAUUAUUCCUCCCAUUGGAAGACUUGGCAGGGAAGCCAAGACCAGUGCAGACAAACAAAUGCAGAUCUGGUGGUGAUUGAAAGCCAGGGAGAGCAGGAAUUCAUCAAUAACCACACAAAAUACUACCAUGAUGACAACCACGGCUACUGGAUCGGUUUGCGCAAGAUGGACACGUGGAUGUGGGUAGAUGGAACCAACUUCACUGUGAUGUACUGGAAAACACAACAAGCUGGGAAGUGGGCAUCUUGUGCUCUCACUCUGCCACAAACAGAUCCUCUGGCCAACUGGGUCAAAAUGGGCUGUAACAUGUAUAACCGCUUUAUCUGUGAAACAAGAGCUCUGAUCAAACCAGAUUAGGAAUCAGAUGCAUUAUGAAAAUAGGUUACAGAACAUUUAAGAAAUAUAUCUAUCUAUGGAAGUUGUUUUUUGUUUGUCAAAACUGAUAAAUGUUGCCUUUACUGUUUUUUUAAAACAGAUAAGUAAGCUUAAGCACUUUUUUGUUCUUUUCUAAUUUAUUCACCACAGUUCUGCAGAGUGUACCUUUGAGUAAUACUGUAUGUGGCAUAUAUGGCCUGAAUAUAUGUAUGUAUAUAUUAAAACCGUGACACACAAAUCACCAAACACCACCAGUCAAAGCUAGCCCAUUGGUUAGCUUCUGCUGCCCCAGUCUGUGCGCUGUGUCCUGCACCAUUACAACUUGUCACCCUGCUGUCACCCCCUGUUGGCUGUUUUUUUUUGGUCGAUUCAGCAUGUUGAAACGGCAGCCAAGCCUGUCAGUGAGAGGGAUACUCUGAUUGGCUGUUCAGCUCAGCAUAUGAUAAAAGAAAUGGAAGUGAGGAAUGUAAACAAUCAGCUAAAAUCAAGAGGGAGUGAGGUCAAAACAAACUUGUUACAUAAGGUCAGAUUAUUUUUCUUUAGCUACAAGCAGAAAUAUUUUGUGGUGGUUUGUGUUAUUUUGCAGUGGCGCACAAUAAAUACGCUUUGUUCUGUCA